CGCCUUCCAGAAGAGCAGACACCUCUAGAGCUCCGAGGAGCGAGCAUUUUCACGCAGCACUCGGCCCGUCAGAAUGGAAGCGAACGCCAACCUGCCCUUUGAGGUGAAGCCCGUGGAUCCCGAAAUAAACGCCCAACUGCUGUCCGACUUCACUGGAGAGCGCACUGGCUUUGUCCAGAUUGGCCCCAAGAAAUGGUUUCUUCCUGCCAAGUAUCAGGAGCAUGCUGCUCAUUUCUACAACUUUAAAUUGCGUCCAGAUGAUAUUUGGGUUGUCACAUAUCCAAGAUCAGGCACUACUUGGACUCAGGAGUUAGUGUGGCUGGUGGCGAAUGACCUGGAUUACGAAACGGCCAAUAAGAUUCCUCAGGUUGAACGGUUCCCCUUUUUAGAGUUUAAUAUUUUCGUCCACGAAGAGGUUAAGGCAGAGAUAAAAGCCUUGAACGAAGGAGACCCUUACAAGCAAGAGCUAGUGGAGAUCAUUAGCCAACCGGCGUAUCUGGCUCUGGAGGAGCACAAGGGCCGGCGCUUUAUAAAGACGCACUUGCCGUUCAGCCUGCUGCCGCCCCAUUUACUUGAUACCUGCAAGGUUGUGUAUGUGGCUCGCAAUCCGAAAGACGUCGCCGUCUCUUUUUACCACCUCAACAGACUGAUCAAAACUCAGGGAUACACAGGUGACUUCAAAAAAUACUGGGAUUACUUUGAGCGAAACCUACACCCAUGGACGCCUUACUGGUCUCACAUUGAAGAAGGCUGGAGCAGGCGGCACCACCCAAAUUUGCUUUUCCAGUUUUACGAAGACAUGAACAUGAGUUUGACUAGUACGAUUCGAAGCAUGACAUCAUUCCUCGGAAAGACACUGUCGGAGGAGCAGAUUGAAGGCCUGGCAGAUCACUUGGACAUCAGAAAUUUCCGCAACAAUUCAGCAGUCAAUUACGACAUUGUCAGGGAGGUAGGAAUGCUGAACAGUGGAGAGCCAGCGUUUAUCCGCAGAGGAAAAGUUGGCGACUGGCACGCUGAAUUUGACGAAGAGCUCAACCAACGCGCUGACAAAUGGAUCGAAGAGAAUUUGCAAAAAACUGAUAUCACAUUUCCCGUAAAGUUUCAGAAAUAAAGUUUUAAACAUUUUUUGUCCUCAUGGAUAUAUUUAUUUUGGCAUAUUGUUUGUGCUGCGUAUUUUGAAAACACGAUUACAACUUGAUAUGGAUUUCCUGUAAAUAGUUCCACACUGUUGCUAGGUUUGUGCUUCAAUAAAAACAAUGCUCAUUGUCA